GCGGUGGUGGAGUGUUUUGUGGGUCAUGGAGGAGGAAGGUAAAUAAAGGAGACGCGCUGGUUACACACGGCGGCUGCACUCGCACGUUUCCCCGGGAGCUUGGACACGUUUUCCCGGCAGCUUCUGGCCCGACACGGUGGUUGAAGUCAGCCGGAGAGGAGGGUCGGUCCGUCGGCUGUGAGGCGAGUUCUCAGGUGGUCUGAUUGGGUUUGCCUCAUCCUUGUGUUGCCAUGGCGAUGCGGGAGUUGGUGGAGGCAGAAUGUGGGGGAGCCAAUCCCCUCAUGAAGCUGACCAGUCACAUGACCAAGGAAGGGGGGGCAUGGCGGCACCGCUCAACACCUACAAUUCCCCCGACUCCUAUUGAAAUAUCAACUGAAGAAGAGCUGGUGAAUGAGUUCCUUCAGGCCCCCCCACGGGCGCCACACACAUUUGACAUGGGUCAACUGCUUGAGGAAAUGCAGCAGAUUGACCAGCAGAGCUACAGACAAGCACCACAGAGAGCUCCAGAUGUGGCAGCGUUGGCCCUCUCCGGUGACUGGGCGUCCGAGUUCGUCUCGAGUUCGGACCCCGCCGCCCCCCCGGGACUCAUCGCUCUCGGCGAUGCAGCAGACGCUGAUUGGACGAGGGAGUUUAUCGCUGAGGCUGCAGAUCCUGGACGCUGGGCAGAGGAGUAUCUGGAGCAGUCAGAGGAGAAGUUGUGGCUCGGAGACCUCGGAGACAAGGAAAACGAAUGGACAAAAGAGUAUGAACCAGGGGAGGAGCUGAGGGAGACGGCCAAUGAACUUGUCGCAAAGGUCGAUGACCCUAAGUUACAAAACACAGAGUUCCUGCGAUUCGUUAGGCAGAUUGGCGAGGGCAGUGUCACAGUGGAGAGCAAAACAGACAGACAGCUCACAGAUAAAGCUCAGGCCCAGGAGGCUCAGAACUGGGCCUCCAACCUCAACCAGUUCCUGACGAAGACGGGGGGAGGGAGUCUUCCCCUGGAAACCCCAGAGCGGAAUGAGAAGAUUUCGAAAACUAAAGCUAAACAGGCAGAGCAGUGGGCCCAGGUCGUCCAGCAGGUGUCGGAGGAGUCGGCCGAAGCCUGGGUUGAUGAGUUCGCCACGGCAGGACCAGAUUUCCAACAAGCCAAGGCUGCAGUGGAGAGUGAUGUGGAUUUCUGGGAGAAGCUGCAAACGGAGUGGGAGGAGAUGGCGAAGAGGGACGCAGAGAGCCAUCCCUGGCUGUCUGACUUCGAUCAGCUGCUCAGCACUUCUUACGACAAGGGUUAUCAGUUUGAAGAGGACAACCCCUACUUAUCUCACCCGGACCCUUUGUCCGAGGGAGUGACGAGGAUGGAGGCGGGGGACAUCCCUGGUGCCGUGCGCUUCUUUGAAAGUGCCGUACAGUCAGAACCUGGCAACCAGCUGGCUUGGCAAUAUCUGGGAACCUGUCAGGCUGAGAACGAGCAGGAAUUUGCUGCAAUCAGCGCACUCCGCAGAUGUAUAGAGCUGAAGAACGACAAUCUGAUUGCUCUAAUGGCGUUGGCUGUCAGUUUCACGAACGAGUCGCUGCACAGGCAGGCCUGUGAGACUCUUCGGGAUUGGCUCAAACACAAUCCAGACUACCGCUCUGUCUGGGACCAGAACGAGCUUGAACGCCAAAAGGACGGUGCCAGAGAUCGGGAGAAGGAGCGGGAGAGGUUCGGGUCACUGCUGCCAGAAUCUUUGUUUUCAGACGUCCAGUCCCUUUUCCUGCUUGCAGCCAACGCGGACCCCGCCCAGGUGGACCCCCAGCUGCAGUGUGGUCUCGGAGUUCUCUUCAACCUCAGCGGAGAGUAUGACAAGGCGGUGGACUGUUUCAGUGCUGCUCUGUCUGUCACACCACAGGACUAUCUGCUGUGGAACAAGUUGGGUGCCACGCUGGCUAAUGGAAGCCGCUCAGAGGAGGCAGUGGCCGCCUACAGGAGAGCUCUGGAGCUGCAGCCAGGUUUCAUCCGUAGUCGCUACAACUUGGGGAUUAGUUGUGUCAAUUUGGGAGUACACAGAGAGGCAGUGGAGCAUUUCCUCGAAGCUCUGUCUCUACAGCGCCAGGCGGCCAGCGAUGGGGCGAGAGCUGCCCGGGGCCCUGGAGGAGCUGCAGCCACCAUGAUGUCCGACAACAUCUGGUCCACCUUGCGCAUGGCUCUCAGCAUGAUGGGCGAGAGCUCUCUGUACACCGCCGCCGAUCGCCGGGACUUGGACACAUUGUUGGCUCACUUCUGCCAGAGAGAGGUGGAGGGUGGGACUGAAUGAAAACCAGCCAGGGGGGCGCUUAUUGAGUGUGAAUGUGUUUUGCUGGGAGGGAAAUGUUUGGGUGACUGAAUGAAGCAGAGAGGAAUCCGAGUGGUAACAGUUCGAGGGAAAUGGAGACACUGUGAAUUAUCCACCGUCCCAGAGGCAUCAUCCUGUGCUUGUGUAUGUUUAAGUGACUUGUAUCAAACAUUGCAGUCUGUACCUGAGAAGAGAACCAGUCAGCAGUACUACAGACAUGUCACUGUAUUUUUAAAUGUUCGGGAUUUUCUUCAUUGCCUUGAUCUGGGGAACUGGGCUCCAUCUGAAAUUUGUUCUUGAAGAAGAAUGAGUGACUUCCCUCUGUACUCAGUAACCAGCUGUAUGGACAGUUAGUUAUGUUUUUCAUGCCCUCUCAUAUUCUUUAACAACAACAGAUUGUAGAUUGAACUGUUAGUCUCUACGGUUAUGUAAAUUAAAGGUACAGUAUUUCAGUGACAUUGAAUAGAGCACUGCUUUUAUCAAAAGUGCUCUCAAGAGAAAGCUGCCGAUAACAAACAGUAGUCAGAAGUGCUAUAAUGGCUUGUUUCUUUAUUUACCUCUAUCUUAUUUAAUUUUUUAGUAAUCAUUUAUCAGCCGGGACAAUGAACUGACAACCAGCAGGACUGUUACUGUAAUGAUAACGGUGUGUGUAUGUGUGUGUACAGGAUGUUUGUGUGUUCGGGCUUGGGUGGGUGAUAUUAAUCCUGCAUUGGAUGAUAAGAACAUAUAAUUGUAAUAUCGUUGAGGAUGAUUUCCUGCUCUUUUUCAUAUCGCUCUUGUAAAACAAUUUGCUUCAUUGUAAAAUAAUGCUAUAUGCCAUAUUGUGUAUUGUAAAAUAAUUGUUGCACUAUAAUUGUUUUCAGGCUACUUCUAUCCUGACUGCAAUGUUUAAUAUAAUAUUCAGCAAUAAAGCUUUGAUUCCAGAA